UCCUGCCCUCGUGGGUAAAGAUUAAGAGGCACAUGAAUUAAAAAAUAAUAAAAAUGAUGAUGUGAACGGAUAAAUCAUUUAUAAUAAAUACUGCCAUUUUAAAUAUAUGAAAUAUAAAAAAAUAAGAAUGGUCAAUUUUGAUUUUAUUCAUUCUUUCAAAACAGAAUUUUAUAUAUUUAGGAUCAUUAAAAUAGACAUUUACAUGUAUCUGACUGAAAGUAUAGCGCUUGUGCCAGUGUGUGCGUUCAACUUCGUAAUUCAUUCCCCAUUUUGUGAGAUUAGACAGUGUGUAUGACGACAAAAAGGUCAGGAGUGAUGAGAUUAGGUCGCUUCAUUCGACAUCACCUCCAUAUAGAGGUGCACAGGUUAAUUAUAGAGGCGCUGGGCCGGGGGCUUUGUUUCCCAAAAGGUCUCUGCCCUGCUAUCACAGUCCAUCUGACUGACACGCAAACAGCGUAGGCUCCAUGAACCCCUAUAAAAGACACACCAGGCUGAGGAGACGUUAGACCAUCUUUCAAACCAAGAAGGACCUCUGAGAAACACUUUCAGCACCUCAAACUUUCACUCUCAUCAUCGUCCUCAUGUGUAAAGCUGCAGUUCUCACGUUCGCCCUGCUGAUGGCGCUGCUGGGCAGCGCUCAGGCCACAGACGGACACCCCAUGUACGGAGUGAAGCUGUGCGGCAGAGAGUUCAUCCGGGCGGUCAUCUUCACCUGUGGAGGCUCGCGCUGGAGGAGAUCUCUGGAUGUCUCAGGUGACCUGUCCAGUGAUCUGCUCUCCACUCAUGACGACGAGGCCUCUGACAGCUGGGCCGCCAACCCCAUCCUCCCUGGACUGUCAUACAGACCCCGUCCUGACUCAGAGGCCCUCCCCUGGGCCGGAGAGGGUCAGGAGAGCCCCGUGUUCAGCCGUCCCGCACGCUCGCUCAUCUCAGAGGAAGUCCUGGAGGCCUUGCGCACGUCAGACAGGAAGGGACGGGAUGUGGUGGUCGGGCUGUCUAACGCCUGCUGUAAAUGGGGCUGCAGUAAGAGCGAAAUCAGCUCGUUAUGUUAAAGGACUGUGUGAUACCAUUUCUCCACCCUUCCUCAUCUUCUACUUACAUUCCAGCCUUCCCAUAUGUGAAGAAUGAAGCUUGCUGAAGGUUGUUUCUAUAAAAUAGUGAAAAUAUUUGUGUCAGAUAUGUAGGAAUAGCAGAUUUUAGCCAAAGUGAAGAGCCUGUUUGUUACUGUGUUCAAAACGUUUUCUUCAUCUCUGUCCUUGUGAUGUUCUUGUAUGGUCAUUGAUUUAAUAACAGCAAACUGGAAUAAAGUUUUGAUUGCGAUAGA